AUGCAUCAUAUGUCUAAAGAGCUCGAAAGCAUACGCGCCGCGCUCUGGAAUGUCGGCGAGGUGCCAGUGGAGCAGCUCAACAAGCUGGUAAGGAUCUGGGCCCGGGAUGUCAGGGAGCUGUCCUAUGACAUGGAGGAUAUCGUCGACACCUUCAUGGUGCGUGUCCAGGGCCCUGACACCCCGAGCAAGAAGAGUGCCAAAAGAUUCAUCAAGAAGUUGGUCAAUAUAGUCACUAAGGCUACGACUCGCCAUGAGAUAGCACAAGAGAUCAAGGACAUCAAAGAGCGUGUCAGGGAAGUGGCCGAGCGACGCGACAGGUACAAGGUUGAUGCUAUUAAACCUGUCAAAACCUUGGUUGACCCUCGCAUAUCAACUCUAUACACUAAGGCUACAGAUCUCGUUGGCAUUGAUGAGGCAAGAGAAGAACUAAUCACCAGGCUGACAAAGGGGGAUGAUAUGUCUGCACAGCAGCAACGGGUAGUCUCUAUAGUUGGUUUUGGAGGAUUAGGCAACACAACACUUGCCAAAGCAGUGUAUGACCAGCUUAAGAUUGCAUUUGCACAGAUUUGA